AUGCCCUGUGGCCACCAGUUCUGCCUGGGCUGCAUCAUGCAUUGGACAGACAGGAAACCAGUGUGCCCAGUCUGCAGCAGAACGAUAUUGAUUGUCAGGUUUUCUGUACGUGAAGAAGAUGACUAUCUACAGUGUCUUGUCACUCCCUCCAAAGAGUUACCAGAGGUCUGCAGCCAGGCAGGAACAGCUCCCAGCCACAGGGCCGAAAACAGUCCCCAUGGCCCUGCGCCAUUCCCACCAUCUUUUCCACAUGGGACACUGUCCCCAGCUCAGCAGAGAGCUGGAUGGCCAGAGGCUGUGGGUGGCCUCCUGCCUGAGGUCUGGGCAGAACUCUUCCAAGGACAAAAGCAUCUUCUGGACCCUGUGCUGCCCUGGCUAUGUCAAAGACUGGAAGCAAUAUAUGGGUCCCAAUGGUGGCUGGCAAAGAAUGCAGAAGGCUGCAUCCUGCAGGUCCUGUGCCUCUGUGGUCUGGAUGGGAAGGUCUUGUUCCAGAUGCUGCAGCCUGUCCUUGAGGGAUAUACAGCACCACUGGUCUAUGGCCUUAUCAAUGUCAUCAUGUACAGGUGCAGCACAGAGGCCCAGAGACUACUGAGAUUCCACGCUGGCAGGGAGACCAAUAGCUCUGCAGCCAGCUCCAGUAGCUUCUGGGGGGAAAGUCCUGCCUCCUCUAUGGCCCCUGUGAGCAGCCUUGCUGGCUCUGAUACAGAGAACCAACCCAGCACCUCACAAGCCACCUUCUGCAGGGAUACUGGCUGUCCCCUCUCUGUGUCCUUGUCUGCAGAGCAAGUGCAGCUGCAGGAGGAGCUGGGGGAGGUAGAGGCAGCAGGUUCUUCUGCCCAGGGCAGCAACUGCAGAGCCUCCACUUCCAGCCAAGGCAGGGUCUGCUCACAUGGGGGGUCCCAACACCCCCGGAAGAGAAGGGCUCCUGCCCACCAGGACUCCCACAGCUGUGCAAGGAGCCGCUCUGGCAGCAGCACUAGCAGGGCUCCAGCAAGUAUUUAUUCAAGAGAAAGGAAAUAAAUUGCUAUUUCCCUGAAA